AUGAACAUAAUUAACGAAGCAACUUUUUAUGUGCCAUUUUCCUCUCAGGUGCACGGAAAACGCUAUGCGUACAAGUUCGAUUUCACAGGUCUGGCACAGGCCAUGCAGCCUACAGCCUGUGACGCACCAGACAGCACUGUUCCCUUGACGCUGCCUAGUUUCAUGGCCGGCAGCCCCUACCUUCCCGGCGUGGCG